AUGGACUACCUCUUACUUCAGUCAGGUUUUCAGUGCCUUUUGUAUCAAUUUUUUUUGUUUUUCCUGAUAGAGAAUGCUACAUCCACAGCUUUAAAAGAUUCUAUUGAUGUAGAAAAUGGAGUUUUUCUUUACUCCAACUUUUUUCGUUUUCCGAAUCAUAAACUUAAUUCCACACCGAUCGAAUCUAUUAUCGUGGACGGUGCUGAUGACUGUGUGGAAGCGUGCACUGAACUUGUGCAAUGCAGAUCACUGAAUUUCGGUCCAAUUCUGAAGGUGGAUAAUAAAUCAAUUUGUCAUCUCUUGGACGCAGAUAAAUUUACUUCACUGGAUUUGUUCAUUGAAAGUACAGAAUUUCAUCACUAUAGUUUCACGGUAAGUCAAGCUGUAACAUCGAUCUAUCGAGGUUUUCACUCCUUUACAGUACGUUGUAGCUGUUAAUUUUCCUUGGUGUGUAAUUCUGUAGAGACAAAUUUCACGAGGCUAAAACUUUACGCGUAUUUGGAGAAAAAAAACAUUAACUUGAAUGUAAAGAAACUUUUUGCAAUUUUUAAAAAAUCAUCUGAAUGAAAAAAAGUAGGUUUCUCCGAAUGGGGGCUACAGCCAUUUUGAUUCAGUAUAUAAUUGUAAAGCCGUACUGAAAUACUGUUACAAAACGAAACCUUUACAAAAACUUAUGUGUUUGAGACUUAGCACAGCCUUUUUGCAUUUAUCUACGAAAUAUGGAAGUUUUAGUUUUAUAGUAUUUUAUAUUUGAAUUUCAUUAAUAUUUCUUAAUUAAUUCUUGGGCGGGGAAGCGGUAGGUUAGUAACUUUUGCGUCGUUAAUUUCCAGACCGCAACUGUUUGUGUGGCUCUUAAAUUUCGCGAAUUUCUUUGGUAUCCCGAACAUCUUGAAGUAAAUGCGGAACAAGUUAGUCGCAAUAGUUCUUGAUGAGGACAGAAUCUUUGAAGUAUAGAGGAAUCUUAACAAUGCUAUCACACUUGCUUUGUUUUCCGAUUUCAUUUAUUAUUUACGAGUUAAAGCUAUUAUUUUUUGGCGAACCUGCACACAACAAUGACUGUCACUGUUUUCAUGAAACAACAGCUAAAACAAUGCACCCUAAAACAACCUGUAGUUUUUGUUGCACAGUCUGAUAAAGUGCAAAAUAUAUUUGUUCAUCGUAGGUUCUUAAUCAGAACCGGUUUAACCCCUUCACUGCCAGUUUUUGAUGGAGUUUUUAAGGCGAGUCUAACUUUUGAGUCUGCUGAGGAAAUCCUUUGAUGUUACCAUUCAAAUGAAAGCUCUCUGUCUGUACUUUCAUAUGGUGCUAUUUGUUUGUCAAAACUUUAGAAAAUGAAAUUUGGAAAUUUGGUCGAAAUUUGCCUUUGGCCACAUUUGGCAGUGAAAGGGUUAACUUACUCUAGAGACAUCUUUAUGAAUUAAAACAAUUGACUUUUUUCAUGUGAAAUCAAGUAUUUCUCUAUAAAGGUACCAUAUGUUUGACAAAUAUUUAGUAUACUUUUUCAUGUGCAUCAACAUUGUUCGGGAACGUUUAAAUGAAUUGAACUGAACUGAAACGUCUUUGCGUACCAAAUUAUAGUAUACAUCACCGUACAAAACAAACAAUUUUGUUAUAUGCUUUUAACAUUUAUUUAUAAAUAGGUUUUAAUUCAAAAAAAUAAAAUAACAUUUCCACCGCUUUUGACAAUGCUCUAAUUAAAUUUAGUUUCGGUACUUUAUAGUUAAAGCAAGUUGCCUGCGAAUACAAUCUCUUCUUGUCGUUCCAGGCGGUAUCAAGGGGGUGCAACAGCAACAAUAAGCUGAUUUAAUCAGCGUAGGUAAACAACUAAUCAGUCAUCUGUCCUUUUCCCAUAUAAUUAAAAAAAACACUUCAUGAUCAAUUCCCACUCUAAUUGAAGUGUCAACAAACAAAUGGUUUUGUCAAUUUAUCAGAAAGCCGUGACUGGAUUUUUAUUUCAUGUUCCUAACAAAUACCUAAGAGAUACGUCUUAGCUAAAUCCAUUUUUUACAAAGAGGUUACUUAGCAGACGAUAUUCUUAAAGAUACAAACCAGCUAUCAAAAAGCUCGAAUCAAAUUUUAGUCUCGUAUAAUUCCACGAGAUAAGAAUAAUCAAGAAUUGAAAAAUUUUAAAAUUUAGCCCAUUUGGAGUCAGUUUUAAACAGAAAUAUCAUUGUUGCGAUUUUUGCUCUACCCAGGCUCCUUGUGCCCGUAACCCGUGCAAGAACAACGGCACUUGUUUCCCUGUCGAAGGAAGGCACGACUUCCUGUGCGCAUGUCCAGCGUAUUAUCAGGGGAAAAUAUGUGAUUCAGGUAAGUAGUGGCAGAUUCAGUUGUUCAAGUAAGUGGGAGCGGGAUAGGCGUAGCCCGUUCUCCCAGAUCUAACCGGAGACAAGAGAGAACUCUUGCCUGAGAUCAGGCUCUAUGUUCGUUUACCUUUGCAAAUAACAUUCCAGCGGGAAAGGUAACGGUAGCCGUUAGAAAGAAUGUAUGAGAACCGCUAAAAUUGGGGCUGAUCUCAGGUUAUUCCAUAUCCUGAGAUAAAAGAAGGACAUUGGCCUCCAAAAUAAUUUUUCUUGGCCCUGACAUAGUCUGCAACCUCAAAUCCAAUGGUAAACAUUUAAACGCGCUUACUUAUCCUCGAUUACUGCUAGUUUUAGAGUUUUGUUGUUCCUUGAUAGCAGUACAAUGGGAUGAAAUUAGUCCCUUUUUUUAGUGAGCUGGAAACCGGUCACAGCCUACCCAAGACAGUGACCAGCACCCGAACCUGUCUCAUUUUAGUAAGACCUUCCCAGGAACACGCCCAGAUGGCGAGAUCGGCAGAGAAUUAACCAAGCUUGUUAUCGAUUUUUCACAUCAGGCUAUAAGAACUGCGCCCACCUCUUAGAGAAUGGAUUUGAUGAGAAUGGUGUUCAUCCUGUCGCGAUGAACAACAACGAACGUGAGACGUUCAACGUCUACUGCGAUCAGGAAAAUACACGGGGAGGUAAGUAA